UCUGUGUUUGUGUGUGAAACUUCAUAUAACAUUAAAUCUGCGGAGAUGUGGUGAUGUAGCUGGUUUGUACGUACGUUAACUUGAAUUGUUUGUUUCAUUGGUUGCGUAUCACGCUGGAGAUAGCUAACGCAAUGGUGGCUCCUCUUGAGCGUGGAUUUUUAGUUAAGUGAUGUGGAAUAGGAACAAACUCCGGACCCCUUGAGUUAGACAUUUGAAGUAGCCGUCCAUCGCCGAUGUACGGCAUGGUGGCAUAUUGGCUAUUGUCUGGAACCACAAAUGUUCCAAUUAAGCCUCCAAAACCAAGAUGAUGAGCAUAAACUAAAUGGGUUUUGCAUAUAUUUUUAAAUGUAUAUGUAGAAGAAGUAUGGAAAAAUCAUACCCGCUGUUUUCUGAAAAUAGACCAAAAUGUAACAUUGUGGGUAUUACAGUUCUGUGUGUUUUCGAGAACUAGGCAAGUUCAUGAAUAGAAGUUAGCAGACGAAACUCAUGGUCUAUCGAUCUGUCAACGUCCUUAUUCUCGUCUAUCAUGAGAUGUAGGUAAUGCUUGAAAGACGAUGAAAAGACAGAAAGUGGUCAAAAUGAGUUUUCUCUACAGCUUGCUGGACACACUUUUAGUGACAGGAUGAGGAAUUUGGUGAUCUGCAUGGACUUUAAAAGAUUCACUGUUUCUUUGGAUUAAGAUGAGCCUGGACCACCUCACCUGACAUCAAAUAAGGGUGUCAGCCUGCUUGAUCUGUUGUUCUGUGGAUGAACCACUGGGCAGAGGCCCUGGGAUAGACCCCAUGACAUUCUAGUGGGGUUAAAUCUUCCAGCUGAUUUGGGGUCGCCUGGGCAUACCCUAAAGGGAUUUUGAAGGAGAAGCUGUUUUGAAGAUGGAUGGCUAUUUUACAAUUCAUGGUAGUCCUAAUCGGCUAUAUUGCAGAAAGAUCAUUUUGAAAAAUCCCAUUAAUCUAAAUUUCUGAUUAAAAGUAAUCUCUAGUAGGUAUGGAACAUGUAUCUUACUUUAGUUCCCACAUCCAGAGAUGCUUCUUAAAGGAUGUCCGAUCAUUUUUAUUGAGCACUAGCCGGUGUUCCUGACAGUCAUACAACUUCCUGUUGGUGUUACAGCUCUGGGCCACACUGACAUCUAGCAGAUGUCAGAGACCAGUGACAAAGUGUCCCAGCCUCAGGCAGGCACAGCUGCAGCUGAUAUGGACCCUGUGGAGUUCACCUUGCGCAAGCGGCUGCCCCGGAAGCUCCCACGCCGCCGCAAUGAUGUCUAUGUCAACAUGAAGACUGAUUUCCGUGCACAGCUAGCCCGCUGCCAGAAGCUGCUUGAUGCAGCCGGAUCAGGCCACAGGGAGAUAUAUAUCCACGGCCUGGGCUUGGCUAUCAGCCGUGCCAUCAACAUUGCCUUGCAGCUCCAAGCCUGCAGCCAGGGGGCACUGCAGCUGGCUGCAAACACCUCCACUGUGGAACUGGUGGAUGACCUUGAGCCAGAUGACCCAGAUGAGGGAGAAGUCCUGACCCGCACCCGCAACAAUUCUGCCAUCCACAUUAAAGUGUUUUAUCCGGACCCAAAGUGAGAGCUGAGCUGUCGCUAUGGAGACCAGGCUUCCCUUGCCUGUGUUUAAUGCCCACUAAUGAUGGUAUUUGUAUUUAUGGUAUUUCUCGACCCCACUAGAUGGUGCUCUUGGCUUGCUUUGAGGCAUGCUUUUGACACCAUCUAGUGGGGUCAAAAAGUACCGCAAAUGGUUCAUGAAGUGUCAUUUUUGCUAUCACUAAUGUGCACCAAUGAGUUGAGGAGAUCCUACGAAUUCUUGGUAGAUACCGGAGUCAUACGAUUGUCACAAGAUCAGUCUGUGCCAUUUCUAGUUUCUGUCUUUUGUUUUAAUGAUUUCAGUCCUAUAGCUUUUCAUCUUUUUGGUGAAUUUUGUGCCGUUUGCCUCCUGGCCUGUGUAAAAUGUACUUUGUGUGAAGGGGGAUGAAAUAAGCUAUAAAGGUUUACAGGUGUAAUUUGGUACCUUGGGGCAACUACCUUAAAUUUGCAUUUUUCUUUUGCUGACAGUUCUCAAACAUACUGGUCAGUUGUGGUAGCAGGAUGUGUUAAUAGAAGCUUCUUGAACAUUUGUGGCUAUUGUUUAUGUAUAAAAUUAGAAUGUAUGCAUGAUUGUGAGGUAUUUUCAUGUUAAAUCUAUGUGGAUUAAAGUUAAGAUUAAAAACUUAUGUUCCUGUUAAUUUUACAAGGAAAUAUGACAAGUUUAUGUUCUGUGUUCCUUGACUGAAAUGUUUGAGGCAUUAGGUUGCAGUGUCACAGAUUUACCUGUAGAGGGCAAAAAGUACUGUUAUAUUCAAUUAACUCAGUGCUCUGCAAAAUACUAGAGUUUUUUUAUUUUAUUAUUAUUAUUUUAUUUUGGACUUUACCAGUCUGUCACUGGAAGAAAUAAACCUGACAAUAAAGGUG